CUCCUUCAUCACCUUACCUUGGGGGUUGAUCGACCGUAUAAUGGGCAGAAGCACCAGAAUGAUCUGACUGGGGAUCGUACCGGUCUAGCUGCUAUGACGGGGAUUAAAGCCAUCGUAUCGCAGUACUUUGCAUGUGAGGAGUGUAGGAGGCAUUUUGUCGAGGACUAUGAUAAGUGUCUGUACGGUCGCUGUGUGGAUGGUGAUUCGCCCACGAGGGAGGAGACUGUGAUGUGGUUGUGGAGAUUCCAUAACGCCGUCAAUGGUCGGGUGUUCGCCCACCGAAGUCCUGGGGGGGAUGUCAGGAAGGCUCAGUGGCCGCCAGCCUCUACAUGUCCACCAUGCGUAUCAUCGGCGACAGGAGAAUACUCUGGGAAGAUCGUUUAUCAUUGGAUUGUGCGAACAUACCUUGGGGAUAUGCUCAAGGGUGAGACGCCUUUCACUAUGGCAACAUCACCG